GCUCCAACCGCGACGAUCGUUUCGGGACUGCCAACAUGUUCCAGGGAGGAGAUAGCGUCGAGUUGCUCGCGGCGGGGGGCAAGAAUCCCGCGGCCCCAUGGAAACUCACGGGCAAAGUCCGUCGCGAGUACGACAAACUGAGCAAAGUGUUUUUGUUCACGAUGGAAGGGUCGGCGCUCGCGACCAAGAUGGCGCUGCCCAAGGAUUCCACCAAAUCCCUUGGACUUACCCAGCGAUACCUCGUGCUCCAAACGGCGAUUCCAGCGGCGGCGGCCAUCUCGGUCGAAGUCGGCGUGACCGACGCCAAUGGCACGCGGCGCCGCAUUGUCAUGUCGUCGGCGUUCCGCGGCGCGGUCGUCCAUCAGCUCCACGCACAAGUCCCAUUGCAGCAAGUUACGCGGGACACGUGGUUGAAUUGGUGCUUUGACGUGGCGGCAUUAGUGGACGGAUCUUUUGCCAAAACUCUGCGCACCCUCGACUCCAUUAGCCUCAGUGGAACGUGCAAACUCCGCCGGGUGUUUACGAUGAAGGAGCCGCCGAUCCCGUCGGACCAUCCAUUUGACUUUGUCGGAGGCGUCGACAUUCCUCGAGCGUUCGCCAUUCCGGGGGCCAUAACCGAGUACUUUGCGGCCAAAACUGUGGCGCCGCCACCGUCAGCGUCCUUGCCAACGCAUUUUCCAGACAACUCCCACCGCGAAAAAGCGAAAACUCCACGACCCACGUCAAGCACCAGGAGUGCUAGGGUCGCUGCUGCGGCAGGAGGAAAGCCCCUAUCGGCAGAUUCAACGAAGAAAACACUCGGCGCGCCAUCGUCGGCAUCGUCGUCACGAAGCACGUCGAGUCGGGGGGCCCGACGAGCGCCGCCACACACAGAAACUCGAGAGCCAGCCAGUGCGCUACCUUCAGCACCAUCCUCCGUGCGUCCAUCUUCCGCCCACAACAGUCAUAUUCAAGGAAGACGACGCAUUCAACCCGUCACCGUGGCGCCACCGCCACUGUCGUCAAUGUUUCGGUUUGCAUUCACGGAAGCCCCCGGUCCGUCCGAUUCACCAGAGGUGCAGAGCAUCUCUGGCAAAAACAGGGACAAUGCCUUGGACACAACGCGCCGUUUCGACUCCAAGUUCCGAUCUUGGGAAGAUGACAAAAGUCCUGUCAAGCCUCCAACUCACACUGAAGCUCCACGUCUCUCUCGACCUACCACGGCCAUCGCCAGCGAUGCGGUCGAGCCCGUCGUUGAUGCUGUCCCGACUAGCCGAAGCAAUGCCGAGCUCACAGCGAAAGAGCUGGCGAAGGCACUGGCCCUGGACGAGUCGCCAUUCUUUCGUGACGACUUGCCUUCACCCGUCGCAGUACCCGCCGCGAUGGAAUGGAUGGACGAGGAGGACAGUCGUGGGGUGUCCAACGAGGAUUCUGCACCACCCAGCAUCCUCGACGGCCGUCCUGACAACCAAACUCCGGACUCCAUUCCAGAACCCACCAGCACUACUCCAGAGGUGAAAAAUCAGCGGAUCGACGUUGGCGCGGCAAAGUCGGUAGCAAGCCUGUUUCAGUGGGCGCCGCAGAGCCUGUUGCAGCCUGUGGGCCAGCCACAACUGACAGCUGCCCUCGACCCGCCCUUCGCCCCGUGUAUGGAGGAUGAGGAAGGGCCACUGACUUCGAAUGGCAUUGCGAAAGUGGCACACCACUCGGAGCCUCAAGAUGACACCGAGCAAGUACGCGUGAAGGAGGAGGUGUCGCAUCCACUGGGCACGAAAGGGCGUUGGAUGGAUCAAAACAACAGCGAGGACGACGACGACGAAUUGAGCUUUGACAUGACCAAGGACUUGCAAGCACAGAGCUUUGACUUUACCGAUGUGCUGGAGGAAUCGCUGCCGAGUAUGGUGCAAAUGAAUUGUUCCCCCGUGGCGCGGCGGCCACCUCCCGCCAAGACCACGCAUUCGCAUUCCCCACCAACAGCGCGCUCCGUCGUCGAUCCCCGCAUCCAGAGCUUGCUUGAGUCGACUGAUUGGAGCCAGCCGCCCCCGAUGGACCUCGUGUACGACCCGAUCUUGGACUGCUAUCACGACCCACAGAGCAACAAGUACUACCAGUGGCAGCAGUAGCGGCCCCCAGCACGUCGUUCAAAACGAUCUGCACCGCCCAGCAAACAUAAAUUGAUAUACAUGGUUUGCGCCGACUCCUUCCAUCAGCCAACUCACA